CUCCGCCGAAUCCAAAGCAUAUAAACCAUAUAAACAAAACAUUGUCAGAUCAAGGAAGAAAUCAACAACAGUGCUGUUGCAAAAGAAACCAAUUUCUACACAAGCUAAAUACUCACAGAGAACUUUCUGUUCAAGAGUCACAGAGUUCUGCAUGAUGGAAACUGUGUGUCGUUUGUGCCUGGCAGAACGUUCCUAUUUCGAUCCCAGUCAUUAUGGAUACGAUAGCUCUAAGGAGAACUCCUCGCCCGGUGAAAAGAAAUUGGAACAACUUGUUCUGCAAUAUUUGCCAGUAAAGAUCGUAAAAACGGAGGAUGAUGUUGAUUAUCCAUUCAUCUGCACUGGUUGUAGUUCGUUGAUCUAUCAGUGGCACAGGUUCUGCACGUCGUGCAUUGAAAAUGAUCAAAUUUAUCAAGAACGGCUGCAACACAGAGUUGGUGAUGCAUUCAAUCAACAAGAACAUUUAGUGCUACUGAAAGACGAAGUUACCGAAAAUUCGGCAGUAGAAACUAGAAAACCUCGCAUGUACCUUGAGGUCGAACUUAUAAAUGUAAGCGAGAAGAUAGAACUCUCUGAAAACGAUGUUGAUCCCAGAACUGAUACAACUGAUUUCGAAGAACAAGCACCAAAGAAAAAAGUAAAAAUUCUGAAGAAAUCACCAGUCUCUAGAGCUUCGAAACAUUCACCGAACGAAGGCGACAAAUCAAAGCCAUCAGUGGAUACCGACCAACCGCAAAAGAAACUUGGCAGACCUAGGAUCUAUCCAUUGGAUUAUAAGGCCCCACCGCGCCGAGAGAUGUGUCCAGUCUGCGGAAAGUUCGUCUCUACAUUGUCGGAACACAUUCGGAUUCACGGUUGUGGUGAUAAGUACCAAUGUCCGUACUGUGAGAAGGACUUCAACACAAAGUCAAACUGGUACCGCCACCUGAACAUCCACACGCGAGCCAAAGAAUAUAAGUGCGAAGAAUGCGGAAAAGAGUUUUCGCAGAGAAACGGCUUGAAGGCGCACCUGUCAACGCAUACCAAGGACCGGAAAUACGUGUGUCCGGUGUGCGAGAAGACUUUCUACCAACGGACGGCAUUCUGUCGGCAUAAACGAACGCAUUUCGAAGAACCAUCAGUCCCGUGCCCCGAGUGUGGUCGCAAGUUUCUUUGCCCUGGCUCAAUGAGGAACCAUUUGAGAAUGCACCUACCAAGAGAGUUUGCCUGUGAACUUUGUGGUAGAGCCUUCUAUCGGAACAGCAAUCUCAAAACCCAUAUGAAAACACACCAGAGAAAGGAUGGCGUUCGGGCUCAGGCAUCUGCACCAAAAAAAGAAAGUUGAUUGGAUUAACAACAUGAAUAAUAGAUACAUACAAACAUU